UUGGAGAAAAGUUCAGGGCCUUUACAUGGAUAUCCGAAUAUGCUAUUUCUAACCUUCUCUUGUGCUCUAAUGGAUUCAUCAUUACCCUUAACCUUCUAAGUUUUUCUUUACUCCCUUAUAUUUAUAAGUAUCAGUACAUGUCAGAGAAAGAGCAAACUUUGAUAGUUUGGUUUUGUUGUCUGUAGUCUUAAUGUUCCUUCAUCAUUUAUGUUUUGAUAGAAUUACAAUGUAUAAUUAUUUUCUUUUAUAGUUUUCCUUUCACUCUUUCUUCUCAUUGCUACUACACCUUGUUCUAAGAUAUCAAACCCAUUUUGUAUCUAAUAUCUCAAACCCUUGUACUUUGCCAAAGUUAAUAGGCACUUGAUUUUUACUAGCAGCAGCCUCUGCUUUUCUUCAUAUAUAGUUAAUCAUAUAUCAGAAGUAAAAAGAAACAUGUAUGCAAAUCAACUUAAGUUAAAAAUAAAUUCUUAUAAAACACUGCCAUGCAUGCAUUUUAAUGUUUUUUAAGGGUCUAGGUAAUUAGUAAUUACAGUACCACAUAAAGUUCUUUAUACCAAUUUUGAUUUUUGGGGGAAAAUAACUUGCUGGAAGGCUGAAAAGAGCCUUUAAACUAGAUAGAGAAUGAGUACAGAACCUCAGACGGUAGUGGUGAUCCAGGAUGCAUCAAGAGAAGUUAGUUUAAAGGCAAUCCUAAAGGCCCUGACAAAAUUAUCAGUUAAAGCUGGGGAUCAGCUUAUCAUUGUUGCUAUUCUUGAUUGGCUUAGCAGUCCCAGUAGGUUUUCUUUCUUUCGAAGAAAUCGUAUGGGUUACAUGAUCAGCGUAGACUCUAGUUCAUUCGUUGCAACAAACCAGAAAAUCAUUGAUGAAAACCAUACCAGGAGAAAAGAAGACUAUCGCGUGAACCGGCGCAUGCAUAAGCUCACUGAGUACUGUAAAAUGAAUGAGAUUGAAUUCCAAUUGGAAGUGCUUGUAGGCCCGGCUGCACAGAAAAUUCUUGAGGCUGCAAGAAAAUUUCAUCCAACAAGUUUGAUACUUGAUAGACAGAUGCACAAGGAUAAGAAGUAUUUCAUAGACCAGAUCCCUUGUGGUAUGUACAGGAUAACAAGUGAUAACUCCCUUGAAAAGUUGAAGGAUCCGAUACUAACAGCCAUCAAACCUGAAGAAAGGCUAGAAAAUAUGCGCUAUUCACAAAUGAUACCAGGAAGCGAAGAGGAAGCAACUUCUCUUCAGAUGUCCAGGUCUGCAUCAAGUGAUCAAUUGACAUCAAAAGGAAAACUAGUGGACUACCAGCACGGAAGCAACAAUGAAAUAUCUCAAAUGCAGGAAGUAUUUAUAAAUCCAGUUUGUUCUUUAUGCAAGAAUCGGCGACCAAAAAUUGGAUGGAAGAAAGACUUCACUUACACAGAACUCUACACUGCUACACAGGGAUUUUCUGCCAAGAACUUUCUGUCAGAAGGUGGGUUUGGAUCUGUCUAUAAGGGACAGCUGAAUGGAAUGACAAUCGCUGUUAAGCAACAUAAAAGUGCAAGUUCCCAAGGAGAGAAGGAAUUUAAGUCUGAAGUUUAUGUACUUAGCAAGGCAAGACAUGAGAAUGUGGUUAUGCUGCUAGGUUCAUGCUCAGAAGGAAAUAAUAGGCUUCUUGUUUAUGAAUAUGUCUGCAAUGGCUCACUUGACCAACAUCUAUCAGAACACUCUCGAGCACCUCUUACUUGGGAAGAUAGGAUCAAGGUAGCUAUAGGAGCUGCCAAAGGCUUACUAUACUUGCACAAGAAUAACAUAAUCCACAGAGAUGUGAGACCAAACAAUAUCCUAGUAACACAUGAUCAUCAACCAAUGUUGGGAGACUUUGGAUUAGCAAGAAAUCAUAAUCAAGACAUAACACACUCAACAGAAGUUGUUGGAACUUGGGGGUAUUUGGCACCGGAAUAUGCAGAAUAUGGCAAAGUGUCAACUAGAACAGAUGUAUAUUCGUUUGGGGUGGUACUACUACAGCUUAUAACUGGAAUGAGGACUACAGACAAAAGACUAGGAGGAAGAAGUCUUGUGGGAUGGGCAAGGCCACUUUUAAGAGAGAGGAAUUAUCCAGAUCUGAUUGAUGAAAGGAUCUUUAACACUAAUGAUUUCCAUCAGCUAUUUUGGAUGGUCCGAAUAGCAGAGAAAUGUCUAAGCAAGGACCCUAAGAAGAGACUAAAUAUGGCUGCGGUUGUUAAUGCUUUGACUGACAUUGAGAAAGGCAACACAUGUGAUAUCCGAGUGAGAGACUACUCACCUGCAAGGUCAUAUUCAUCCUAUAGCGAAUCAGAAAUUGAUGAAUCUGAAGAUGAAAUGCAAGUACUUUUCGAGUGUGAAGCUGAAUUACAAAGCAACAGUUCAGAAUCCACGACAAGUAAUAGCAUAAUUCAGAUGGAGCAUAUGCUUGUAAGACAGCCACCAUCCCCUCCAUUUCAGAGCAUCUCUUCAAGUAGCUCAAGCUCAAUGAAGAUUUAUGCGGAACCAACUGGUGAUUGUGAAGCACUGGAUGAAGAGAAUACAGAAAUAUCAGAAUGCCAAGUGGAGUUACUCAAUUCUUAGAUUAGAUUGUACACUAUACAACUGAAAUAAUGGUAUAUUUCAGUUUUGUUCAUUUAGACAAAUAAAUUUGUCACUUCAAUUAUUCGGUUAAAGUGGUUACUUUGUGAUAGAAUAUGGUUUCCCAGUUGUGAUGAA